UUCAAAUGUGCACAGCGUGUCCAAAAAUCAGAGUCCGCAGGAAUUCUUACGACAACAUUAGACUAGGUAGGUCACGUGGACGCAAUGGGUGCAGUGGCACCUGCCUGAGAACUCUGCACAGCGCCGUCGUCACACUCCAGGCGUUUCCCAGCGCCUAGCAUGAACAGAUCGGACACAGCGCGCCACUCUGAGAGAACCCGGUCCCUCGGACUCCUCCAACCUGGCGUGGAUGGCGGCGUGAGGCCCGAGACCGAGGUUCCAGCCGGGGCCUUUCCAGACCCAGACCAAACGGCUGCGGAAGACCGCCGCCAACCCUGCGGGGAAACCCUUAGCGUACCGCGCCAGCCGCUUAGUCGCCAUGCCCGACCCUCGGUCCUCCGAGUCCAACCGCCGGAAGUCGGCUGCCCUCACUUCCGGUCCGUUUAAACGCCGGCGCGGCUGAGCGGGCCCGGUUGGGGCGACGUGGACGCCGAGUCCUCACUAAGGGAAAUAUCUGCGAGGGCAAAGCGCGGUAAGCUGGUUUGAGCUGCUUCGAGGGAGGAAGUUAUAAACCUUCACUCCUUCCCAGCGAUCCGCCCGAGAGAGGCGGCGGCACGGUUUCCGGGUCCCUGCCGGGUCCUCAGCUCCAGCUCAUCUUUCCCUGCAGCCUGAUGGAGCUAAAGACGACCUCCAGGAAGAGGACGGAGGCCUCGAACUCGGCCCUGGCGACAGAGCUGGGUAGACCUCCGUGGGAUCUUGAGGACACGCUGCCUAAAGCGGAGAAAACUCACUUAUCUACUAUUUUAUUUACUGAAAUUGAAGUAACCCAUAGACAGCUGUGUGAGUUGCUGAAGUAUGCAGUUCUGGGUAAAUCCACUGUUCCUAACUCCAACUGGUGCCAGCUUUUACACCAAAACCACCUAAACAAUGUGGUGGUUUUUAUUCUGAAGGGAAUGAGUCAGUUACACUUCUACAGGUUCUAUUUGGAAUUCAGAUUUCUCUAAAAGACAUUCAGACAUAAGUUCAGCUUGCCUCCUCCAAUAUCUAAUUUUCUAUUUGGUAUCUUCAUUAGUCUACAAAAGAAGAAAUCAGCUAGAGGUUUUAGGACUAUUGAAGGACCUUUAGUUUCUGCCAUUUUAAAAGCCAGCAUCAACCUGCAGAAUAACCACAUCAUUCAAACAUAUGGCUGUAAGAAAGUAGGCUUGACUAGAUGCCUUCUGACACAAGAGGAAAUGAAAACAUUUCACUUUCCACUACAAGGUUCUUCUGACUGUGAAAACUUUAUCCCUACCAAGUGUGAUGGUUCCAUAACAGAUAGUAGUCCCCUCUUUGGACUUGACUCAGAAAUGUGCCUUACAUCUAAGGGGAGAGAACUCACACGCAUCUCACUGGUUGCUGAAGGAGGCCAUUGUAUUAUGGAUGAACUGGUUAAACCUGACUUCAAGAUUCUGGACUACCUUACUAGUUUUUUAGGAGUCAUGAAGAUUCUUAACCCAGUGACAACCAAACUCAGAGAUGUACAGAAGCUGUUAAGAGAACUGCUUCCUCCUGAACUGUUAGUGGGCCAUUCCCUAGACUUGCAUCUCAGAAUAUUGAAAGUGAUACAUCCAUAUGUUAUUGAUACCUCAUUGAUUUAUAUCGGGAAGCAGGGCAGAAGGUUUAAGCUAAGAUUCUUAACCAGAGUUAUUUUAGGGAAGGAUAUACAUUGCCCAGACAAGCUUGGUCAUGAUACCAGAGAAGAUGCUAGAACAACUCUUGAAUUAGCUCGGUAUUUUCUUAAGUAUGGGACAAAGAAGAUUGCAGAGCUCAGUCUGGAAGCAAUAGCUAGUCAUAGAGAACUGAGAGCAGCCAGUCAAGCCACAGGAAACCAGGGAGCAGCUACUAAUGUUUUAGACUGCCUGGACUCAAUGAGUCAGAAACUCCUUUUAUUGACUCGGGAUAUAGAUGAGCUUUCUUCUAGAAACUGUCAAACUAUUAAAUGUCCUUCACAUAGAGAGGAGAAUGACCUUUGUAGUAUGUAUUCACAAAAGAGGAAGAUGACACCCUUUCCUUACUUCUGUAUACAGUAUGAAGUCCUGGAAGCUGCUCAGCUGGCUAUAGAAACCAUGAACGGCAUUCUGGUAGAAGGUUCCUACAUCAGGGUGCACAGUCAUGUGACAGAGUUCACCCUUGAGUGUGACACCCUUGUGCAUGAGCUAGAGCAAGAUUCUGAGAACUAAGCUAAUAUAUAUGUGGCUGGAGUCGGUAAAACUUCUAAAGAACACCUGUUGGAGCAGUCCAGCCUCUUUCCUGACCUGGCUGUGAUGCUGCCUAAAGAUGUUAAGAGCAGAAAGCACAAAAACUACUGGUUCCUGAAGUUCAAAACUCGUGACAGUGCACAGGUAGACCUUGAAAUUCUCAAAGGCAAGGACUGGAAGUUGAAAGGCAGAUAUGCCCUAACCCCUAGGCACCUCCAGGCAUGGCUCAAGGACAUACAUCCUGAACCAGCAAUGCCUUCAGGACUUGGAAUAGUUCCGCCUCUCUUGGAGAAGCAUGUCUUCCAGGUAAUGAGUGUGUUUUGGAGUCAGCAGGGAAGGUAGCUGCUGGGGUUUCUGGUUCUGGACCCUGGCCUUCUGUUUCUGGAGCACAGCCAGGAAAGACUUGCUCAUUGGUACUACAUCCUUCAAGCUUUUUCUUGGUUUGUUUUUCUUGCCCUGGCCCCCAUCUUCUGUCACUCUCCAAUCUCCUCCAGCCCUAGCCAUAUUGGUUCUUCUCUCAGAACUCAAAUACUUUUGUCCCUUUGAUAAUAACCACUAAAAUCCCAUUCUUAUUCUUCAAGGUGGUUCUGUAAGGAACUUUGAGGGACCGGGGUGGGAGACUGGAGAGCUAGAUAAGUCUUAGGUGAAGUAGUUCAGGGCUUCCCAAAGUGUGAUACAUACACAAGGUAAAUUCUGGCUUUCUUAGGAGACUUUUUUUUUGUUAUUUCCACUUCUAAUGUUUAGGGCUUACAUUAAACUGUACAACAUCAGACCUGAGAUUAGGCAAGACUAAGGCAGAAUUCUCAUUUUAAAGGGAAUGCAUGUAUAAAGAAGGUAUAUGUAUGAGAGUGGAGGUAGGCUGUUUAAAGCUUGGUAAACCUUGAUGUAGUCUCAUACUUAGCAGAUAAGGGGUGGAGAUUAGAGCUGGUCAGUGGCUCAUCCAAGGUCACAUAUACCCAUCGUAGGUCUGAGCUGGAAAGGUAUCUAUAAUCCCAUGUGUGAUGUCAUACCUAUAAUCCCAGUAUUUGGAAGAUUGAAGCAAGAUUAUGAGUUCA